UGUAGUGAGACGUUGGGUAGGCAUGUGGAGUGUGGUGUGAACCGCAUGUUAGCCCACUACCGGGCCUCGCUGGCCCGCUCCGAUUUGUGUCGUUGUGUGCGGUUUCACUGGGUUUCACAACCCUAAAAACAAGAUUAUAGGGUGAAAACAUGUUUAUUUAUUGAAAGAACUCGCGUUUGCUAUAUACUGAAGUGAGUGGUCGGGUGGCUGUGACGAUAUUUAUACGCUAGUUGCAACAGUAUUGCGCUAAUUCAAUUUGUGUUCUCGAGGUUUAACAGGGCACUGGGCAAGCAACGAUAGUAAUCUGGAUCGGUGCUCCGUACGGCGCGAACUGGAAAUAAUUUAUCUAUAAUCCGGCGUUUUUAAAGCAUCAUGCUGCAAGGCCUGAAGGGAGUAUUCCACAGGGAUAAGAACAAAGCUGGAGCAAAUUUGUUAAAACAGGCUUCUUCGUCGCAGAAAAGACGAGUGUCUGAUGUAGGGGAAGAUAGUCAGCGUCGGGUCCGGAUAUCCGACGUUAGCAGCGACCGAUUGCAGGCGGAACCAAGACGAAACGAUGGCCCAAGCCAAAGUAACGGUCAAAGCAACCAGCUCAACUCAUCUCUGACGGCCUCCUCCCGUCUGACAAUGGAGCCUCGCCCGCUGCCCAAGCGCAAGUCCUUUUCUGUGGAGCCGCCCGCCAACGCCGAACAAAGCUCACAGUCCCUGGCGCUGGCAAUGCUCGGCGAGGGCAAGCAACUGCAGACGGACGGCAUGGUCAAGGUGGCCACGUCCAUCAGCACGCCGUCAGAGGUGAUGUGCUGCCGCUUCAGCAGCCGGGGCAACUACUUAGCCAUCGGCAUGGUGACCGGUUCGACGUCGAUCCACCACACGGACACGGCGGCCAGUCAGAUGGUGCUGCUGCAGGACAGCGACACGCUGGAGCGCUGCAUGCCCGUCACCUGCUCCAAGUUUGUGCCCGUGCCCGAGGGCAAGGCGUCGUCCGUACUGCUCAGCACCUACGGCGACGGGUUGAUCAAGUUCUGGCGCUUCCAGACGGGCGAUUGUCUGCAGACGCUGGAUGUCGACGAACAGGUGCUGGCACUCUCCUUCGACUGUCUCGGCAAGUACUUUCAGAUCGCCGGCGAGGACGGCAUCAUCCGUGUGUUCGACGUGGCCACUGGCACACAGGCCGGGCGGCUGAGCGCCUCGUCGAACCAUGCGCUCAACGACGGGCACCGGUCUCGCGUGUUCGCUCUGGCCGGCCACCCGCUGACGCCGCACGAGCUGCUCUCGGCCGGCUGGGACAACACGGUCCAGUUCUGGGACAUGCGCCACCCGCACGCUGUGCGCCGCAUCUACGGACCGCACAUCUGCGGCGAGGGGCUCAGCAUCGACCCCUUUACCAACCACAUCGUGACGGCGUCGUGGCGGCGGCGCCAGGCGCUGCAGAUCUGGGACUACGGCUCCGGUGAGCUCAUCACCGACCUGCAGCCGGACACGUACGAGAGCAUGCAGACCUGCGCCCAGUUCAUGGGCAAGGACUUCCUGGCUGCUUCCGGCGGCUUCUCAAACAUCAUCCGCGUCAUCGACAGCAGGACGUACAUGACGAACGGCAUGGUGCGGAACCUGCCCCAGAGUGUGCGCUGUCAGGACGUGCUGGUGUGCGAGGACAAGCAGUUUCCUCGCGUGGUGGCCUGCUACGGCUCCGAGGCGCUGCUCAUGGACACCUGGCACUAGGUGAGGCCGUGCUGGGGCCGGCUGACGGCGGAUCGGGACUCACUGCUGACGGGCGGUAUUCAGUCGGCCAUGCCCGCCCCGUGACCAGUCACGAUGGCAGUGUGGCGGGGCUCCCAGACACCGGCCGUCCGUACUCUCGCAGGGAGCCGGGAAUUUGACGAUCCCGGAGAGUCGCGAUUUGCGUCAUGCACCAAUGAUGCGUGUUACAUUGUUAAGUUUGUUCAUUACAAAGUGUUCGAUCCUGCAUUCCUAUUUCCUAGUGAGCUGACCAUGAAACGGCAGCGGAUGACUCAUCCUGAACAGAUUUAAUGGCAUGAUCAUACAAUAAUUUCAUGUUGAUUUUUUUCUGUUUGCGAAGGACCAGUCAUUUUUCAGCAGUGUUUAGGCUGCAUCAUAGCUAAAGAUUGAACUUAAAAUGCCAUAAAAGGAUGCUUCAAGUAAGCAUUGGCUGGGUUCCGUGGCAAACGUGUACUCUAGUCAUCACUGUCUUUGCAGAAUAAUUCGCAAUAUUGACGGAUGCCGAAGGAGGCACCCCAGAUUCCAAGUGUGAAGUUCUGAGCCAUCGUUGGUUGAAUCUUUUCCCGGAAAAUGAAUGGUGCAGGUAACUGGAGCCGCUAAUGUUCAAAACAAUUCAUCUCGAAACAAAAACAAACUUCCCUGUAGAAAAUCAACUCUUGGAGUUGCCUAAUCUGUUUCUUUUUAUCCAUCCUGUCCAGCUUCUCCAUUCUUUAGUCUCGUCGCUUCUACUGCCGACUGGCGACUUACAGCCUAAUGCAUUGUUCCAACUUCCAGUAACUAUAGCCUGGAUGACACACUGGGUCUCCUCUGCGGUUUUAUUUGACAAAGCACGUUCCCAAAUCGUACACGGAACACACACACGCACGCACACACACACUCGUGUGAAACAGAGCCGCAUAGCGAAACGUGAACAGCUGCACAAAACCAGUCAGCGGAGCCAUUGCCCGGCCCCAGUGGUGGCACCACCGCACGGCGACCCGGCGCAGACGGGCGGAGCUGGCCACUGACGACCCGACGGGCUCAGCCGACUGGGCAGGGCGGUUUGACGCGAUACGAGAGGCAUUGGAUGCGUUGGUGAUACAAAAAUCGUCACUCGCAGGUAACAGCGAUGUCAAAAUAGGGAAUAUUUGAGUGCGAUUGAUUCUGGCCAUUGGACCUAAAACUGUAAAUGGUUUGCUUAGCAAAAUAGCUUCUUGUAUGCUUUGAAAACAUGAAGUUGGUGAAUAAAUUAAUGUUAUGCCAG